CGGCACCAGUGAGUAUGAGAAGAGAAAGGGGGUCCCGAUAUCCGAAUUCGCGGUGUGCCGGUGCCGGUGCUGCGACUAUAAAUUUAAUGGCCAUGUCCCGGUCCGAAGGCCGUUGAAGCUUAGCAUUUUCCCUCUUGUUUUGUUUUGCGGUUUCUCAUUGUGACCAUUGGUGAUGGGUAGCAAUUGACAGCAAUCAUGGCGCAGAUAGACUACAAGUUCGAAGGAUGGAUGGGUCUUAACAAGGACUCUGUCGACGGGAAGAUGGUCUGGCGGGAAUUUGAGCCCAAGCCGUGGGAGGAGACCGAUGUUGAUAUCAAGGUUGAGUGCUGUGGUAUCUGCGGUACGGACCUGCACACUUUGCGGUCUGAAUGGGAACCCACCAUGUACCCCUGCUGCGUCGGCCACGAAAUCAUCGGCAUCGCCGCACGCGUAGGCUCCUCAGUCACCAACGGCAUCAAAGUAGGCGACCACGUCGGCCGUCUAGGCGACUUCCCCGACUGCGCCAUGGGCCUGGAGCAGUACUGCACCCACAAGUUCGUCGGCACCUACAACUGCACCUACAACUGCACCUACAUCAACGGCGGUAAAUCCUACGGCGGCUAUGCGCUGUACAACCGUGUGCCUGCGCACUUUGCCAUCAAGAUCCCUGACAGCAUUCCGCCUUCUCAUGCGGCACCCAUGAUGUGCGGUGGUGUGACUGUGUACAGCCCGUUGAAGCAUAGUGGUUGUGGACCGGGUAAGAGGGUUGGUAUUAUUGGUGUUGGGGGGUUGGGACACUUUGGGUUGCUUUUUGCGAAGGCGAUGGGGGCAGAGCAGGUUGUUGCUAUUUCGAGGAAGGCUGAUAAGGCGGGUGAUUCGUUAAAGAUGGGGGCGGAUGUUUAUAUUGGGACUGAUGAUGAGCCGGAUUGGGCGACUAAGUAUGCUCGCUCGCUGGACUUGAUUGUUUGCACUGUUUCUUCUUCGAAGAUGCCCAUGAACGACUACAUCGACCUCCUCCGAACCCACGGCAGCCUGGUCCAGGUCGGCCUUCCCGACGACGGCGUGCUGAACGCCCCCAUCCCCAGACUCAUACGUCGUCUGAACGUUGGUGCUUCUUUCAUCGGUAGCCCCGGUGAGAUUAGGGAGAUGCUGGAGCUCGUCGCUGAGAAGAACGUUAAGCCCUGGAUUGAGGAGAUCCCGAUGAAGGACGCUAACCGGGGUGUGUUGGAUAUGGAGGCUGGUAAGGCUCGUUACCGUUAUGUGCUGGUUAAUGAGCAGUAAGGGCCAUCCUGUCUGCUGUACUGAACUAUAAAGUUGUAAAUAGUCGUGAUAGAG